CAGAACGCUCAGAAUGUUUCGUUUAGAAAAAACGGCGGUUUGAUCUGUAGUUUCUCUUAUAUUUUUUACAAGUAAUCAAAAACGUUCGUUAUUAUCACUAAUAAUGAGUACAGUAUUAGAAGUUGAGUGUCUGGAAUCGGAAGAAAUUCAGUCCGCACAAUUUGACUCGCAGUUUACGCCAGCUCGGUUGCAAAUCCUUCUGAAGUACAUUCGAAUGAACCCCGAUUUCCUGCGACAACCUUCGUUGUUUCCGCGUACUUUGAACUUAGUAAGCAUUGACCUGGCAGGAAACGAUCUUAAAUUGUCCAGUUCCGAAGUACUGAGAGCGAUAGAAUGCUGGAAAGAUCGGGUGUCUCGAACGGACUCAACCAGUGUUGGUCGUUCACCGGAUAAUGAAUUGAAACGGCUGCUUAUGGCGCUUGAGUCCCGCUUGACACAUAACCAGAUUACACUAAUUUUGCAACAUAUGGAAGUGGUUGGUACGGAAAGUGAAACGUUGUGGCCUACCAUUGCGGUGGAGAUGAGAGCAUUGAAAGUUGCCCCCCGGCCAGAAGUAUACUGGCGACGAAGCUUCGAGCAAUGGGCACACGAUACUCGACAACAGCACGCGAAAGAUUCCGAUAGUUUAUCGCCACUCCAACAGCGGUAUAUCGAUUUUCUGCGCGAGAGAAACGAACUGACGGAGGAUUUGCCCACUGUUGAGACUGCGGGAAUCGAUCCGUUCGAGUUGAUCAUCAAUCAUUGCCGGACGUGUAUGAAAGUGCUUAAGGUUGGCAAUCCUAAACAGUAUUUGUUUGAAUCUCGCGGAGAACUGAUGACACUAGCGGACAAGAUAAACUCCUGUUUCGGUAGUGAGCUCGGCAUCGACGAUAGACUGCCGAAGUAUGCGUGUGAGGAAUGUGUUGGGAAGGUGAAAGUGGCCUACCUUCUUAAAAUGCAAAUCGAACAAACCGAUGAUGAAUUGCGAAAUUUAAUGGCAGAAUAUGAGCGAGGCAGUAGGGAUGAAAACGAACAACCCGUUGGUAGAGUUCAAAUAUCCGAGGAAACGGAAGAGCACAUCGAAUCAUUGGAAGUUGCCGAGGAAGAGCACGAGGUGAUGCAUGAUUCAUCGGAUGAACCAGUUCAACUGUUUGAAGAACCGUUAUCCGAAGACGAUAUAGGUUCAAAGAAUAGCGACUGUGAUGAGCAACCGGAAAGAAUGAAUGUUACAUCCACUCAUGAAAAAGUUACGAAAAGCAUGAUGAUUAUCGAGGAAACCGAAGAGUACUAUGAAAUUCCAGACCAUGAAGAAACGAUCGUCGAACUGAAAAAUGAACAGCAAGAAUUCUCAAUAUGUAUUUACGAUGUUCCGGGAGAAAUGAAAGAUGAAUCCAAAACCGAACGUAGAAAAUCUCGCAAUAAAAUUAUUCCCAGCAUCCAGCAGGAGUUUUUCCAAUGCGAUCAAUGCCAAGCUGUCUUCAGAACGUAUGACCUGUGGCAGAAUCACAAAGCCAGUCAUGAUUUGGAAAAGCGGUUUUCGUGUUCGAUCUGUUCGAAGCAAUUCCGAUCGUCAUCCACGCUGAGGGUCCAUCGGCGGACACACACGAACGAGCGGCCUUACGUUUGUAACGUAUGUAAUAAAGCCUUUCGGACGUUCAGUCAGAUAAAGGCACACGGUCACGUACACAAACCGGACGAAAAACCGAUCAAAUGUGAUCAUUGCCCUUAUCGGACGUCCACGCGGUCUUCUCUAGUGAUUCAUUUAAGAUCACAUUCCAGUACCAAGCCCUAUGUGUGCCCGGUGUGUAAGGCUGGGUUUGGUACCUCCAGUAACAUGCACAAGCAUGUUCGGAGCAAGCAUAAAAAAUUGAGACCAUUUAAGUGCGAACAAUGCGACAAAACGUUCUCUACCAAGGAAACAGUCCAAAAACAUAUGGUUACUCAUACACGAACCAAACCGUAUCCCUGUCCUGAGUGUAACAUCACUUACAGUUGGUACAACGGACUGCAGAAGCAUAUGAAAACAGUACAUCCGGGCGUACCUAUACCGACGGAGAAAACCAUGUUCGAUAGGUACCAAGAGGAGCAGAAGGUGAAUAUGGAUGAGGUACUGAAAUAAAACAAAAAAAUGUCCAAGUAGUAUCCAAAA